CAACAACGAGCCGUCUAAGAGGGCAGGGUCCCCUAAAAACUACGCUUCGAGUCACGAGGAUCUCUGUCUCUGGAAUCUGGAUCGCACAAGUUCAUUGCCUUGAUUAAAUACAUCUUGACAGCGUCCCUUCUCAUCCGGUCCCUGCGUGUGUAAUUCUUCUUGAUUUCGAUUUCUCGUUUUUCUUUUUUUUUCCUUUCGUUUGUUUUCUGUAGGGUCUUGCCUUUUCCCGGGCUUCUUCAAUUUGUGUAUAGGAUGGCUCAGGCAGUGGAGGAUUGGUACAAGCAGAUGCCUAUUAUCACCCGCUCCUAUCUCACGGCCGCCAUCGUCACCACUGUUGGGUGCUCGCUUGAGAUUAUAUCCCCGUAUAAUUUGUACCUGAAUCCCAGCCGGAUCGUUAAACAAUACGAGUUUUGGCGCCUUGUUACGAAUUUCUUUUACUUCCGCAAGAUGGACUUGGACUUCCUUUUCCACAUGUUUUUCCUUGCUCGAUAUUGCAAACUUCUUGAAGAAAAUUCAUUCAGGGGACGGACGGCUGAUUUCUUUUAUAUGCUGUUAUUUGGUGCUUCUGUCUUGACUGGAAUUGUACUGGUCGGUGGCAUGAUACCUUACGUGUCUGAAUCUUUUGCAAGAAUUUUCUUCCUCAGCAAUUCCUUGACAUUCAUGAUGGUGUAUGUAUGGAGCAAGAGGAAUCCGUUUAUUCCCAUGAGUUUCUUGGGCCUUUUUACAUUUACAGCUGCUUAUCUGCCCUGGGUUCUUCUAGGCUUCUCCAUACUUGUGGGCAGCAGUCCGUGGAUUGAUCUUCUGGGUAUGGCAGCUGGUCAUGCAUAUUACUUUCUUGAAGAUGUGUACCCCCGGAUGACUGGCCGGCGGCCACUUCGAACCCCUUCUGUCAUCAAGUCGCUUUUCUCUGACGAGAAUGUUGUUGUAGCACGGGCUGCAAAUGUGAGAUUUGCUGUCCCCGUUCCAGAAAAUCAUGAAGAUUGAUACACGAGGUAGGGCUGGGUGUUUUCGUAGUUUGUGGAUGGGCUCCUGAUAGCUGCCGAACUUGGGGCCUUUGGCUGCCGACAUCCAUUCAAGAGGGUGCAAGCGAUAAGGAAGCGAGGGAAAUGAGAUCGGAUAACCGUUAAAUGCUGCGAAUCAGUGCAAUGCAGUUUGUGAAACUGCAGAUUAUGUAGAAACCUAGUAUGUCCAGUUAACCGGCUCCAAUAUUUUGUACAAAAAACGACCUUUUAGUUUGUAGUUUUAAUAUCACAUCCUUGAAUUACCUCC